AUGAGGGGAAGCGCUGUCGUGGCUGAGUGGGUGGCUGGGGUUGGUGUUGGUAUGCCGGCCAGGGAUGAUAGAUGCAAGGGGGAAGGGAGAGACGGCGUGAAAGGGGUGGUGGCAGGGGGAGGGGCGGAAUGGGGAGCAGAAGCGAGAGCGGAUGGGAGGGAGUUGAGAGGAGGGUUGGAAGCUGGAGGAAAGGUGGAAGCGAGAGGAGUGCUUGGGGUUGAGACCUUUGCUUCUGUUGCCAAAUCCCCCAAAGAGGAGAAAGAGAAGGAUGGGAGGGCAUGGAGUGGUGGGGUUGAUGGGAAUGGGGGGGAUGGAGAUACCCCUGUUGCUGAAGUGACUGCUGCUGCUGCUGCUGCUGCUGCUGCUGCUGCUGCUGCUGCUGCUGCUGCUGCUGCUGCUGCUGCUGCUGCUGCUGCUGCUGCUGCUGCUGCUGCUGCUGCUGCUGCUGCUGCUGCUGCUGCUGCUGCUGCUGCUGCUGCUGCUGCCGAUGCUGCUGCUGCUGCUGCUGCUGCUGAUGGUGUUGAUGAUGCUGAUACUGCUGCUGCUGCAUUUUAUCCUCUCACCCGCCUCUUCCGCCAUCCUCCUGCUUGCAUCCGCGGGACGAAACGCCUCCCUAGCAUCAUUACCGUGACGAUCAGCAGUGCCGUCGUUGGCACUCACCGCGUCGGCACUUCCAGGGGCACAGCCAGUGCGGUUCUGCUCGGUGAAAGCUACAGUGAGAGGUCUGCUGCUGGGUCCUGCGGCGGCCUCUCAGGCUCUCCCCCCCCCCGCUUCGCCUCCACCGCCGCCUCAGCUUCAGCCGCGCCUAUGCCAGCAGUGCUGGCUGCCGUGGGGUCUGCCUCGCGGGUUGCGGUAUCAUCCCGUGCUGAAACCAGCACGUUGAAGAGCAUUUGGGGCAUCCCGGGAUCCUCAAGAGCAGCAUCGCGUGCCGCGCCCAUGGUGCUGUCUCGUGCUUCCUCGUUGACGGACGACGUCGUUAUCAGACCCGCAGGCCGUGCCGUGGUUGCAGGAGGAGGAGAUGGCAGCCACGGCAUGAACGGCGCAACAGACGGCGGGGAGGGGAAGACAGAGGGCGGCACGGAUAACACGGCGGAAGGCACGGGCGCGGAAGGCGCGGAUGAGGGGAGAGGCGCUGCGGCAGACCCCUCCGACGAGCGGAGAAAGCAUUCCGUGGCGGGGCAUGCUGGGCGGGAUGUGGUGGAAGGGGGAGCAGUGGCGGAGAGAGGAGGUGCUGCCGCAGAUUCCGCCGCCUCUCGCGGAGGCACGAUUAUCUCCGGUGUUUCCGCGGGGGCUGCCGCAUCUGCUAUGGCCGCAACUUCCGGCCCCCCAGAGGAGACGACGCGAGAUUCCGCAAUAGCUCGGGCCGCAUCCGCGAAUUUUCCCGCCACUGCUUCCGCCGCUUCCGCCACGAGCGGCCCUGGCGGCGAAUAA